AGGUUGCCGUCUCACACACCUACACAACAGAGCACGAACAAAAUGGAGGAUUCACCUGUGUGAGGGAAAACAAGUACAGACAGCAAGGCGGACAUAGGUUUUCACAGAUGUUGUGUUGAGUUUGUUAUUAGCGAUAGUUUAUUUUUAAGUCAGUUUUAAGUAUAUUAUUAGCCUAGUUUUAAAAAGAGCGUGUUCCGAAAAUGCGCUUAUUUGUGAUCCUUAUCAUCCUUAUGGUGGUAACAGGCUUCUCCACGGGGGUCAAUGUUGUCUGCCCAGUGAAACGCUAUGUGGUCAUCCUCUUCCAGCCAGUCACUCUUAGAUGCGAUUUCACAACCACAGCCACAGUGCCUCCUAUUGUCACCUGGAAGUACAAGUCCUUCUGCAGAGAUCCAAUCCAAGCUGCCCUAAACCCAGGCAGUGCGGAAAAUGCCAUUGCCCAGGCCAACCCCAACUACAACCCCAACAUUGAAUGCUCAGACCAAUCAAGGACUGUACGCAUUGUGGCUUCUAAGCAGAAUUCGGUCACGCUGGGAACAGAAUACCAGGGCCGCAAGAUCAGCAUCAUUAAUAAUGCCGACCUUAAUAUUGCUCAGACUGCAUGGGGUGAUAGCGGUGUGUAUGUCUGCAUUGUUGCUUCAUCCCAGGACCUCUCAGGAAAUGGCGAGGACUAUACAGAGCUCAUUGUUUUGGAGAGAAAGUCAAAUACUACAGACCUCCUGCCUGGCAUUGACUUACUGAUCAUGGAAGAUUGGCUGUUGGUAGUGUUGGUGGUGCUUGGUUUCGUUUUGCUGCUGCUGUUCAUUGGGAUCUGUUGGUGUCAGUGUUGCCCUCACACGUGUUGCUGUUAUGUGAGCUGCCCGUGUUGCCCAGAACGCUGCUGCUGCCCAAGAGCCUUGUAUGAAGCAGGUAAAGCUGUGAAGGCGGGUGUUCCUAGUCAGUAUGCAGCCAGUAUGUUCGCUCCUAGUGUGUAUGGGCAGCCAGUGUAUAUGGGAGGGCCAUCACCACCCAUCCCAAUGCUGCCCAUGCCUCAGGGUGUCAACGCCCCUCCCUCUAAUGGCUAUGGCAGGGACUUUGAUGUAGCCAGCUCAGUUGGUCAGGGAUCCCAGGUACCAUUGUUACAUGACCAUGAUGGUGGUGCAGGCCAGACCCGUAGUGGAUACCGUAUCCAGGCUAAUCAGGAUGGAAAUCCUACUCGUUUGCUGUACUAUAUGGAGCGAGAGCUGGCCAAUAUAGACCCCAGUCAGCCUGUUGGUGCUGCAGGCAAAUUUAGUCGCCUUGAUGGUAUGAGUGAGAUCAGUUCUUUGCAUGAUAGCGGAGACCCUCGUAAUCGUGGUCGCUCCAGGCCUCCCCAGCUGAACUCAGUAUUUGAUGAUGAGAACAUGAGCACCAUCAGCAGCGUAUCUCAGAAUAUGCGGAGAGAUGAGCCCAGGAGAGGAGGUGGUGGUGGUCCUAGCCAUGGCCGGGCUCGUUCCAUGGAUAACCUUGAUGAUAUCGGCCGAAAUUACAGAGACCGUGAUUAUCCCCCUAGAAGAGGCAGAAGAGGUUCUGAUGAUGAAUGGAGCAGCAGCGCUCGUGGAUAUGACCGUGUCCAUGAUGACCGAUCCCGGGAAUAUCCUCCUGACGAUCGCUUCCGUGAUGACGCUCGUGUCGGCUUCCAAGGCCGCCGCAGUCGUAGCCGAGAUGACUUGAUGGACCUGGAACGUGGGCGGGGUGUCGGAGGCCGGGAUGCAUAUGAUGACAGCUUCCUGCGGGAGGCAAUGGAGAGGAAGAAGUUGGGCGAGCAGCAGCGGGCACGGAGCCGUGAGCGUCUUGACAGCGACAGUGAGCGCUCAGACCGCUUCAGGGGAGGACAUGCAGGGCCACCACCACUCCCUCUCAGCAGGCCUGCAGGCAAUCCUGAUCAGCGACGUGCCAACAAUGCCGGCUUCCCACCACCACCACCAUCCUACGCUGAGGAUACAGACAGCUUAGCAUCAUCCAAGAAGAGCAAUCUCCGCAAGAACGGAGCUGUGAGUCGUGAGAGUCUGGUGGUGUGAAACUCUACGAGAUUGCAGUCAACAUGUCCCUUGAUGUGUUUAUUACGAUUUGUAAGUCUGUUUUUCAGUGUCCGAUGCUAAAUGUUUAUUAUGGGAUUAAAUGGGGAUGCACGUGUGUGAAUGCGAUUUUUAUCUGAGAGAGAGUCUCAUGAUUUUGUUCAAUGUUACUGUUUCAGUAGUUUUAUAAAAUCACUGUUUUAUAAUAAUGAAAAAUGCAUUUUUUAAAAUGCUAUUGUUCUGAUAUUGAAUAUUUUACUUAAAAUAUCCAUGUGACACUAAGACUAGGCAGUAAUAACACACAUAACAAGCUUUACAUCUUCUGGCUUAGAAACUGAAUUGUAAAUGUGUAUAAAGUAUAAUAAAAACAAUUUUACAGAUCAUUGUAUUUACUGUAAAAAGCUUUAACACUGAUUUGUUUUUUAUUAGUUUGGCAGCACUAAUUUCUUUGUAUUGCAAGUUGUAGGGCUUGCAAAAGAAAAGAUGCUGCCUCUCUUGACAAUGUUGUAAGUUUUAGAAAUUCUUUACUGUGCAUUUUUUUAUAAUGGAAUUAACCAGACCUGUAAAUUGCCUUCAUACAUUUUCAGUAAUUUGUUAUACUUAUAUUUUUAACCAUGAUCAUGUGAUACAUUUUUUUAAUGGUUUAGAAAUCACUGGACAAUAAAUCUUUUCUAAAUAAAA